AUGGGAUGGGACCCAUGGGCCGAGAGAGCGGGCGUGGGUGACCCAUUAGCCGUGGACGGUCGGAGCGUUACCCCAAUGCACAUUUUCUUCCACUGCCCUUAUGCGAAAGAAGUCUGGAGCUUAGUACCACUUCAUGCAUCAGUUCACAUAGCUGAAGACUUAGACUUUAGAUCCAGUCUGCAGUUUCUAUUCAGGAAAGCCGUAUGCCUUCCUCCUACAGGCAUCAGAGCACCAAUCAUAUUGUGGGUUUGUUGGCUCUUGUGGACAUCCAGAGACAGAUUAAUCUUCGAGAACAAGGCCAACCGUCCUAUUGAAAAGGUCUCAAAAGCCUUAUCAUCAGCGCUUGAAUGGGAUCAGACUCAAACUUCAACUGCAUCGAAGAAAACCGCUACACCUCCAAGGAGAAUCAGCCACCAUCUUCUCUCGGAUCCAUCAUCGACGCCUCUGUGCUUUGUAGAUGCUCCUUGGGAUGCCUCCUCUAACCAGACAGGAAUAGCAUGGAAGAUCACCAAUACCUCGCCAAACCAACCUCUUUGA